CGUCUGGCUGAAAAGUAACCACGAUUAUCGAUAAACCAGUAAAACAAAAACACGGAUUGGUUCAGAUGUAGGAGCUGAAGUUGGUCCUGAUGCUGCAGCUUCAGAUGCUUCGGUGACGCGCUGUGACUUCAUCCGGAGGCUGGAGGAGGGACCCCACCGCUCCGAGCUGCUCUCACCGACUCCUCUAGCUCUCUCAGCCGCUCUCAGGCAGCUGAACAUCGGAGGGAUGGAGGCAGCGGGCGCGUACGGCGCCAGGAAGGCCGGAAGCGUCCCUUUUGAUCCGGUCGCCUUUUUCACACACCCUCGCACCAUCCUCAGACUGCUGUCGUGGGUUUUCUCCAUUGUGGUGUUUAGCUGCAUUGUGAACGAGGGCUACAUCAACAUCGGUAGCGAGCGUUUGCUAUGUGUCUUCAACAAAAACGCUGAUGCCUGUAAUUAUGGCAUGACAGUGGGCGUGGCCUGUUUCCUUGGCAGCAUCUGUUUCCUGAUUCUCGAUGUUUACUUCCCUUCCAUGAGUAACCUCAAUGACCGAAAACGAGCCGUGCUGCUAGACCUCAUCUUUUCUGGGGUGGCCAGCUUUCUGUGGUUUGUUGGAUUCUGUUUUCUGGCCAAUCAGUGGCAGGCCACAUCUCCAGAUGAGCUGCCAUUGGCCCAGGGCUCAGAUGCUGCCAGAGCCAUCAUCGCUUUCUGCUUCUUUUCGAUCCUCAGCUGGGCUGUGUUGACACUAAGUGCGCUCCGACGCUACAUGACCGGCAGCAAAACAAACUUAUUCACCUGGCAGCACCUUGACCCUCCUCCAAGAAACGUCCGAGCCACUCCGUACCCCAUCCCCAACGGCGGCACCAUCGUAACCACCAACCCCUACCAAGCUCCACCCUUCACCGAAACCCUGGACCCCCAGAAACUCACACAGCAGAGACCUGUGGCUCCUGCUUUUUAGAUACGGAAAGUGGGGAGGUGAUCUGAAUGAAACAACACAUUAAGCUGGAAAUGAGGACCACCAGCCCUACUGGUUUUAGCGCGUUUCCAUCCCCUCCAGGGAGAGGUGGGAUUCUGGGUCAAGUGAUGUAACAUCUAUUCUCACCAUGGCAACAGCUGGCUAAGCUUAAUUAGUUCUAAACACUUGUUCUGUACACACACAAAUAUUGAUGCUUGCGAGCGCAGAUGUAGUCACUCACCACCUGAAACCACAUGUACAGAUUCACACAGAGAAACAUCCUGGCUGCAUGUUCGUAGGAUGAAGUGCAGAAAAAGAGAAUUAGAUCAGUGAUGAUGCUUUACUUGCCUCACGAAUGAACUUAGCGGGUGGGACGUAAAAUCUUUGUCGCUCUUUAAUAAACACAAGCCAAUGGCUGAAAUUAUGACCAGGAUAUUGUGAAAUUAACGAGGAAAGCAACAGAAAAUGCAGGAAAUGCUACCAUUUCUUGGCAGAACUGCUUAUUAUAGUUUCAGUGUUAGAAAUGAAUGUGUUUGAAUAUUUUAUUGUGAUCUGUUGAACUGGUUAGAAAAGGAAAUAAACUGUAGUCAUCCACACCAUGAUCCAAACUGUGAUUCUGCCUCUGUUCACAUGGUUUUAAAAUGUUCUCUCUCUCUUAUUUUUGCUAUAUUUGAUCUUAGGAACAGUUUUGAAAGUAAUUUAAUAUUGUGAACGACAUCUGAGGAUGUGUCUGGCAUAUUAAUCAACAUCUGCUGGAAGCCCAUAAUUAGAUAGAGAUGAGCUGAAUUCAUUAGCAGUAUUGAAGGCAGCUGCUGAAUGUUGGUCGUAUUUUUAGAUUGUAGGGCACAAACGGGAUAGAAAUCAGCUUUUUCUGUCAGUUUUUGGGAUGAAAAAGAAUCAGAAUGAAGAGUCAUAUGAAAGUUAGACAGGAAGUGGUUUUAUUCCAGCUCUGUCCAAUCAUGUACAUCUUGCUGAGUAUCCUUUACUGCUAUUAUCCAGACAUUCAGAAAUGUAGAAAUGCAGCUUUCUAAUAUCACUCCUGUAUUUUUAAUAAAAUAUAACCUCUAAAAACUG